UCUUUGCUCGGUCACGUGAAAUAGGUUAUAUUAAAUGUGCAUCGUUUACCGUAGUUUCCUACGCCGGUUUUCAAUGAAAUCUUUGAAUAAUCGGAACUGAUGAGAAAAUAAAGUGUCUGAAUGUUUUGCAGAAAUUAAAAUGUUCUUUCCCUGGAAUUAAGACGUCAAAACGAAUUGACUUUCACCAGAAUCGGUAGAGUAGUGGAAUAAUGAUUGCUUUAAACUUCUGAUAUCAUCAUUUCCACAUCGAUUAAAAAUAUGAACUGCAAAAUAUUGUCGUCUGCCGUGCGGCUCUCUGUAAGAUAUUUCCAUGGAGUUCGUUUGUUCCCUGCUCCUCAUUCAAGAUUAUGUGUACAAUUGAAAGAAUAUUCGCAAUGGAUGCAUCGAAGGCCUGCAACCAUUAUUAAUGAAGAUGAAAUCUUUGAAGAUGUCAUCGAGGAGCCAACUGAUCCAAAGAUGAUGAAGAAAGCAAGGGCUCCUAUUCGUCGUCCUGAGAACAAUGAGCAAAAAAAACCAGUAGAUAGCAAUGCGACACUGGAUGAAAAUAAUGAUCCAAUAUAUACAAAAUUACAGCCUGAAGAUCGUCUAAUGUCAUCUUUAAUGCUGAAAAUCAGAUCACGUAAACGGAGAACUAAGCAAGACCAAAUUAUCCUGGAAGGAAAGCGUCUUAUUAAAGAUGCUUUUGAGGCCGGUUAUAUCCCUGAAAUAAUUAUUUUCAGUAGAACUCCAGAUCUCAAGAGUUUACCGUUACCAAAGGAAGGUGUAAAAUUAUAUAAAAUACCUUAUCGCUCGAUUCAGUUAUGGUCCACUUUGGAGACAUCGCCUGGUAUCAUGGGCAUUUUUAAGACUCCUGAUGUACAUCUGAAAGAGCCAUCACCUGAAGCUUUGCCUCUUACAAUUAUAUGCGACAACGUCAGGGAACCUGGUAACCUAGGAACCAUUUUGAGAUCGGCAGCAGGUGUUGGCUGCGAUAAAGUCAUCCUAACGAAAGGCUGCGUGGAUUUGUGGGAGCCAAAGGUACUUAGAAGCGCAGCAGGUGCCCACUUUCGGAUUCCAAUUUACAAGUCCCAGGGUUGGAACAACAUUGAAACCUUGGUUAGUCAAGGAGACGUAUUCAUAGCCGACAACAAUGUACACUUCAAUUCAGAAUGUACAGUGACCGACUCCAGUCCUGCCACAUCUGAAGAUACUAGUUCCAAACCAUUGGAACAUUCCGACAGUGAUUCCGAAAGCGACACCGAAAGCAACUCUAUGACCCUUACUUCAGACCAAGAUGAGAUAAAACCUGAAGAAUCCAAAUCUGAUACUGUUCCAAAAACUUCUUUCAGAGAUGCUCUUCCAGUCAUUCCAUAUUUUGCAGCAGAUUAUACAAAAAAUGAAAUAAUCCUGAUUGUCGGAGGAGAAACAGAGGGGCUGAGUAACGAAUCCUUUAAUCUAGUUAAGAAACAUGGCGGGACAAGAGUGAACAUCCCCUUGACUAAUGGUGUCAACAGCUUAAACACCGCAAUGGCUUUAGGGAUUGUGGCAUUCGAAGUAAAGAGACAGUUCUUAAUCUUACAGAAGACGUACUUAUAAACAUUAGAAUUCUUUGUACAUGAAUGUUAAUUAUAAUUCCCUGGUUUGAUUUA